AUGGUACCUAGACUAGAUGAACUCUUUGCUAUGGUACCUCGACUAGAUGAGCGCUUCACUAUCGUACCUAAACGAGAUGAUGUCUUCGCUAUGAUUUUUUCACUUUCUUUCUUUCUUUCUUUUCGUUCUUUCUUUCCUCCCUUUCAUUCUUUAUUUUUUCACUUUCUUUUUUUCUUCACUUUCUUUCUUUCUUUCUUUCUUUCUUUCUUUCUUUGUCGACGGCACCAUUUUAAAAUGCUGUACUUUUCUGUUUCUCAUUCUUUCUUUCUUUCUUUCUUUCUUUCUUUCUUUCUUUCUUUCUUUCUUUGUCGACGGCACCAUUUUAAAAUUUUGUUCUUUUUCUGUUUCUCUUUUUUUUUCUUUUGCACUCUAAAUUUCUUUUUUCUUCACUUUCGUUCUUCCUUUUUCAUUCUUUUUUCUUUAGGACUCUUGUUUCCCCUUAUAUUUCUAUUUUCAUUUAUUUUUUUCUUUCUUUAUAUCUUUCUGUUCAAUCUAUCUAUCUAUAUAUCUUAUUUUCAUCUAUCUAUCUAUCUAUCUAUCUAUCUAUCUUCCUCUUAUCUGUUCACAUGUUUUCAUCAUCUAUCUAUCUAUCUCAGUAUGUUAAUCUCUCUCUCUCUCUCUCUCUUUCUCUCUCUUUCUCUCACAAUCUUUUUAUACCUACUUAAAUCGCCAUUUUCUUUCUUUUCCUUCCCAUCUUUCCUUAUUUCAUUUUUGUCUUUCUUUCUUCAUUUGUUUUCUCUUUUUCCUUUCCGUUUAUUAUCUUCUUUCCCUCCCAUUUUUCCUUCUACUUUUCUUGCUUCUUUCAUUCUAUUAAUUUUUUUUUUAAAUAUUUCCCUCCGUUUCUCUCCUUAUUUCAUUUGUCUUUCCCAUUCACUUUCAUUUUCUUUCCCUCUUUUUCCCUCAUAUAGGUUCUUUUUCACUUAUAUUUUCUUUGUUCUUUUUCUCUUCCUGUUUUCCUUUUUCUUUUUUGCAUUUUACACGACUUCUUCUGUCUUCUCAUUUUUUUUUAACUUUACUUCCAUAUUUAAUCUUUCUUUCUCUCUCACUUCUUUCUUCAUUUCUUCUUCUUCUUCUUCUUCUUCUUCUUCUUCUUCUUCUUCUUCUUCUUCUUCGUAA